GCCAUACUCAGACUCUCAGUUACGGGUUUUGGAUACUUUCCGUUUUCUUCAAUCAUUUAGAUUAGCUUUAUAAGUGUGGAAAAAUUAUUAGGUAUGCAUAUGCAAUCGAGCUUGAUUCAACAAAAGCAGAGAUACAAAAAAUGAGAUUACAUAGAGUUUUUGUUUGGUUUCUGUUAAUUUCAGUAAUUGGACUAGAAAUUUCAGAGAUUGAAGCUUUGCCUAAGAGGAUUCUAGUAGACACUGAUGUUGUUACUGAUGAUAUCUUUGCUCUUUUAUAUCUAUUGAAGUUGAAUAGAUCACUGAUUGACUUGAAGGCAGUUACUAUCAGUACUAAUACAUGGACAGAUGGUGGGCAUUCAGUGAAUCAAGUGUAUGAUAUUCUUUACAUGAUGGACCGUGAUGAUAUUCCGGUUGGAGUUGGAGGUGAAGGUGUGAUAUUACCAAAUGGUACUAUACUCCCUGAUGUUGGCGGAUAUCUUCCUUUAAUCGAUCAGGGCAUAUCAACAUUUGGGGAUUGUAGGUACAGACAAGCUAUUCCUCUAGUACUUGGAGGACGGUUGGAUACUGAUACAAAUUACGGCUUACGAAGGGGUUUCCUUCCACAGGGAUUCAGGAAGUAUUCUCCUCUUCACCAGCCUACUACACAACAAGUGAUGAUUGAUACGAUCUCCAAGGGUCCCACUACUAUAUUUCUCAUCGGAACACAUACAAACUUUGCUAUUUUUCUUAUGAGCAAUCCCCAGUUGAAGAAAAAUAUUGAGCACAUUUACGUUAUGGGUGGUGGUGUGAGGUCAAAAAAUCCAACUGGUUGUUGCCCUAAGAACGCCAGCUCUUCCUGCAAGCCUCAACAGUGUGGCUACCCUGGAAAUUUGUAUACAGGCUACACUAGCAAUCCAUAUGCCGAGUUUAAUAUUUUUGGAGAUCCUUUUGCUGCAUACCAGGUUUUCCAUUCUGGCAUUCCAGUUACCCUCGUGCCUUUGGAUGCAACAAACACUAUCCCCAUAAAUGAGAAAUUCUUCGACUCAUUUGAGCAUAAUCAGCAUACAUAUGAGGCACAAUAUGCAUUCCAGUCAUUGAAGAUUAAUCGUGAUACAUGGUUCGAUGAUCAGUUCUAUACGAGCUAUUUCAUGUGGGACUCAUUUACAUCUGGGAUAGCAUCAUCAAUCAUGCACAACUCUAAUGCCAAUGGAGAGAAUGAAUUUGCUGAGAUGGAAUAUAUGAAUGUAACUGUAGUUACUUCAAAUGCACCAUAUGGCAUAUCUGAUGGCUCAAAUCCACUCUUUUCUGGUCGUGCAACUCCAAAAUUUGAUCUACAGAAAGAUGGUGUACAUAGUGGUCAUGUUCAAAUGGGACUGCGCGAUCCAUUUUGUAUUGCAAAUGAGAUAGGAAAAUGCCAGGAUGGCUACACAAAGGAAGUAACUGGUGUAGAUGGAGCUGGUGUUCUUGUUGCUACAAAAGCAAAAGCAAAUCGAGAUACUAGUAGCUUGCUUGACCGAGAAUUUUUUGUAAGCUUUUUAGAUGUUCUAAACCUACCUCAGCAUACAGGGAGGUUCAACUUUACUACACAAUUUCCUUACUACAAGGAAGUUUUUUAUAAACCGGAUUUUGGAAGCAGAAAAUUGGGAAAAUCUGUUGUUUUUGACAUGGAUAUGAGUGCCGGAGAUUUUAUUUCUUUAAUAUAUCUCUUGAAAGCCCCAGUGGAAGUAAUCAACUUGAAGGGAAUAUUAGUUAGUGCAACUGGAUGGGCAAAUGCUGCUACAAUAGAUAUCAUCUAUGAUAUUCUACAUAUGAUGGGCCGCGAUGACAUUCCAGUUGGUAUUGGAGAUGUAUUUGCCUUAGGACAGCCAAACCCGUCUUUUUCUAUUGUUGGAGAUUGCAAGUACGUCAAGGCCAUUCCACAAGGUAGUGGUGGACAUUUGGAUGCUGACACUCUUUAUGGUUUUUCUCGUGAUUUGCCUCGAAGCCCUCGGAGGUACACAGCAGAAAAUUCAGUGAAAUAUGGAGCACCUAGGGACACUGAACACCCCGAACUAAGACAGCCAUUAGCACUAGAAGUUUGGCAAUCCAUUUCAAACUCGAUGGACCCAGGAUCCAAGAUUACUAUCUUGGCUAAUGGACCGCUGACUAAUUUAGCUCAGAUUAUUCUUUCAAAAGAAAAUUUGAGUUUAGUGGUAGAGAAUGUAUAUGUUGUUGGAGGCCACACCAGCUAUGGCACAAAGGACAGAGGAAACCUCUUCUCCGUUCCUUCUAACGAAUAUGCAGAAUUCAACAUGUUUCUUGAUCCUAUAGCUGCAAAAACUGUUCUGGAGUCGGAAUUAGAUAUAACACUAAUUCCUCUGAAUGCUCAACGCCAAGUUAGUUCAUAUCCCGAUAUCCUUAAAAGAUUGCAGCUCACAGAGAAGACACCUGAAGCCGUGUUUACAUAUCGUUUGCUGUCAAGGUUAUACCAUUUACAACAAAAGCAUCACAGAUACCACCACAUGGAUACAUUCUUGGGAGAAAUCCUUGGGGCAGUGAUUUUGGCUAGUGAUCAACAUCUAAAUCCAGCUUACCAAGUUAAGCCAGUCAAAGUCUUGGCAACAGGAAAUCUAUCAGAAGACGGACAAAUUGUCAUAGAUGAGAAACAUGGUAAGUUCGUGAAAGUAUUAGAGACCCUGAACGAACAACGAUAUUAUGGUGAGUUUGCUAAUCUAUUAGGUGAGAAAAUGCAAUCUGCUGUGAUCGGGAGCUUUCGUGAACAGAAAAAAAUGUGGAGUACUAGACCAGCAUACAAGUCGUACGUCAGUGAAUCUUCCGGAUGUGCUAUGGAUGUAUAAGAAAUGAUUGUUUUUCACAUACAACAAAUUCCUGUACAUAAUAGAGUGGAUGCAGCUUGUUGUUUUUCAUCCCCAAGCUUGAAUAUGUAAAGGUUGAUCAGACACAUAUAUGUCAGUCUUAAUCAGCUGAGCAUAAAUGUUGCAUUACUGAAUUGUAGGAAAGAACCCGUUUUUGCAAAGCCAUGUGUAAUUAUAUUAUUUUUAUGUAAUCAAGUUAUUUGGAUC